AUGGACCCUUUUCCCCUUAACUCUACCGGGUUUGUUAACCUGUUAGCUUCGCAGAGCAGUCCACCAAUAGAUGUAGACUCUGCUGAGCCAGGUGUUAACUCUCCCAGGAUCCCAUAUAUCGUCAAUAAUGAACAGAAGUUAGGCUCGUUUUGGAAGCGUAUAGAGGGGUAUUUCAAUACGAGUCCUCAGCUGAGUGGCUCUGCUCCUAGGGAGUGGGGUCAGUGUAAGCAGAGGUGGGGAAGAGUGAAUGAGCAGGUUUGUAAAUUUGUGGGGUGCCAUGAGGCGGCGUUGAAGGAGCAGGCGAGUGGCCACAGUGAGAAUGAUGUCAUGAAGGCGGCACAUGACAUCUUCUUCAAUGACUACAAAGUGAAGUUCCAGCUUGAACACUGCUGGAGAGAACUGAGGUUCGAUCAGAAAUGGAGAUCACACGCUAUCUCGAAGGAGAAGAGGCAGGAAGCUGAUGCGGAGGUGGUGCCUGAGGAGGAAGAGGUGAGGCCGCCCGGGGUUAAGGCCAGCAAAGCAGCGAAGCGAAAGAAGCCGAACGAGGCAGCUUUUGAUCAAAUCCAUAGCAUCCUAGCUCAGAAAAAUACCAUUUCUAGACAAAAGAUACUUGAUCGCCUCCUAGCCAAGAAAGUGGAAACACUUUCUGAUCAAGAAAUUGCUCUUAAGACUAAACUCAUCUUAGAAAUGCUUUAG